ACGCUAAUGGGAUGACAAAGUUAAGUCAAGAAAUAAUCUUUCAGUUAAUAUUACUAUAGUAAUUUAAGCUACUUAGUGAAAAAAACAUUAUUAGAAAGCUGGAUCCUACAACUGUAUAGUAAGUGUUGGAAUUUCUACAUCCUGGCUGGAGGGAAGUCUAUUCCAAUGCUUACAAAGAACUGCUUAUCGCUGCUUCUUUGGAUCCUUUUCGAUGGAGGUCUCAUAACACCAUUGCAAUCGCUAUAUCCACCACAGACUGCUGCAUUUAAGCAAAGAGAAAAUGUUAUCAUCUCAAUGCCUGGAAGGAGGUCUGCUGCUCAACGGGUUAAACGGGGCUGGGUAUGGAAUCAGUUUUUUGUGCUUGAAGAAUAUAUGGGUUCUGAGCCACAAUAUAUAGGAAAGCUACAUUCCGACUUGGACAAAGGAGUUGGCUCUGUGAAGUAUACCCUUCUAGGUGAUGGUGCUGGAACUAUUUUUACCAUUGAUGACACUACAGGUGACAUUCAUGCUAUCAGAAGCUUGGACAGAGAAGAAAAAGCUUUCUACACAUUACGUGCCCAAGCUGUGGAUAUUGUUACCGGAAAACCAGUGGAACCAGAAUCUGAAUUCAUUAUCAAAGUACAGGACAUUAAUGAUAAUGAGCCAAAGUUUUUGGAUGGUCCUUAUACCGCUAGUGUACCUGAAAUGUCUCCAGUGGGUGCAUAUGUGCUUCAAGUCAAAGCAACGGAUGCAGAUGAUCCAACUUAUGGAAACAGUGCAAGAGUGGUCUACAGUAUCCUUCAGGGACAACCUUAUUUUUCUAUUGAUCCUAAGACAGGUAUAAUCAGGACAGCUUUACCAAACAUGGACAGAGAAGUCAAGGAACAAUAUCAAGUACUUAUCCAGGCAAAAGAUAUGGGAGGACAGCUUGGGGGUUUAGCAGGAACUACCACUGUCAACAUUACACUUACUGAUGUCAAUGAUAAUCCACCUCGAUUUCCCAAAAGUUUAUUUCAUUUAAAAGUACCAGAGUCUUCUCCUGUCGGCUCUCCAAUUGGAAGAAUACGUGCAGUUGACCCUGACUUUGGGCGAAAUGCUGCUAUUGAAUACAAUAUUGUUCCUGGAGAUGGUGGUAAUCUAUUUGAUAUCAGAACUGAUGAAGAUACACAAGAAGGGAUUAUAAUCCUUAAAAAGCAACUAGACUUUGAGACAAAAAAAGCAUACAUAUUCAAAGUAGAAGCCUCGAACAUACAUCUGGACCAACGUUUCAACUCAGUGGGACCAUUUAAAGACACAGCUACUGUAAAAAUAAAUGUACUAGAUGUUGAUGAACCUCCAGUAUUUAGUAAACCCUUCUAUACAAUGGAAGUUUAUGAAGACACACCUAUUGGCACCAUUAUAGGAGCAGUAACAGCACAAGAUCUUGAUGUUGGAACCAGUCCCAUCCGAUAUGCAAUACAUGUCAGGAGUGAAACUGACAACUACUUUACUGUAAAUCCGAUUGAAGGAACUGUUGCAACAAAUGAGUUAUUGGACAGAGAAAGCACACCACAAUUCAAUAUAUCUAUAACUGCAAGCAAAUUUAACAGUCCACAUUUGACAAGUUUGGUCAGUAUCAUCAUAAACAUAUUGGAUGUCAAUGAAUUUCCACCUGAAGUCUUUGUUCCAUAUGACAUAUCAGUAUGUGAAAAUGCCAAAGCCGGACAGGUCAUUCAGAUUAUUGGCGCUGCUGACAAAGAUUUGUCACCCGCAGGGCAGGCAUUUUCCUUCAGACUACCACCUGAUGCUUUUACAAACCCUAAUUUUACCAUCCAUGACUUCAAAAAUAAUACAGCUGUGAUAGUGGCACAAAGACAUGGUUACAGCCGCAGACAGAAAGAGUUUUAUCUUCUACCAGUUGUCGUAGAAGACAGCAGUUAUCCUAUCCAAAGCAGCACAAGCACAUUAACUAUACAAGUUUGCAGAUGUGAUUCUAAAGGAGUCAUCUUAUCCUGCAAUGCUGAAGCAAUUUUCCUACCAGUAGGAUUAAGCACCGGUGCUUUGAUAGCAAUCUUCUUGUGCAUCGUUAUACUUUUAGUUAUUGUCAUACUUUAUGUAGCAUUAAGGAGACAAAAAAAGAAAGACUUUCUGAUGACCUCAAAGGAAGACAUAAGAGAUAACGUGAUCCAUUAUGACGAUGAAGGAGGCGGUGAAGAAGAUACUCAUGCAUUUGACAUUGGAGCCCUAAGAAAUCCAAAGGUAAUUGAAGAUAAUAAUAUUAGAAGAGACAUAAAGCCAGAACCUCUUAGUUUACCUCGGCAAAAACCACCAGCAGAAUAUAACACGGACAUUAGAGAUUUUAUUGAUGAAAAACUUCAAGAACAUGAUGUGGAUCCAAGUGCACCACCUUAUGACUCUUUAGCAACAUAUGCCUAUGAAGGCACUGGAUCUGUAGCCGAAUCUCUCAGUUCUAUUGAAUCACAAAGUAUGGAAACAGAUCAAGAUUAUGAUUUUUUAAGUGACUGGGGACCACCUUUUAAAAGCUUGGCAGAAAUAUUUGGAGAAGAAGAAAAAUAAACCCCAGAUACACAAAUAAAAAAAAAGCAAACAAUAAAAAGCUUUAUCCGGACUGUGUAAAUUACUGUUUUAUAUUAAAAUACUACACAAUA